AUGUCUGUUUUAAGUAGAGACCCCUUUGUUGAUGCUUUCAGGGGAUUAAAUGUCUUGGAAAUGGAAACAAUUGAGAGCUGUGAUAAUCCAUUUUUUGAUCAUGCUAAAUAUGAUGAAAUGAAACUGAAUUAUGCUGACACAAUUUUCCCAUGCUUUUCAUUUAUAAAUGGUAUGACUCUAAACCCGGAAUGCAAGCCAGUUCCUAUUUACAAAAAUUUGCAAUUGAUUGGUUUAGGUAUUGCUUUUAAUUAUAUCCCAAGUAUUUUAUAUAAUGAAAAGUUAAGGUUUUUAGGUGUUUUGCAAAGACAUGGUUUAAGUUCUAUCAUAUUGAACCAAUUAUUGAACAAAAUCGGAUUCAGUCAAUAUCCUAUUUUAAUUACUGGUACCUGGUUAGGCGUUUCAAUUUUGUACGCUGAUAAUAAAAAACAACCUUUCAAAAGCCAAAUAGCAAGUGCCCAGCAAAAAAUUGAUUAUCCAAUUUUUAAAGAUAGAACCUAUCACAAGAAUUUUGAUCCAGAAGGAUUACUGGGUUCGCUAAUGACCUCUGUCACUUUAUGGAGUGGUAUUUGGUAUGCUAGAAUGAAACUUGACGUAAACCAAAGUUUGAUGGUUGGGUCUUCCCUGUUGGCUGGUGGAAAACUUUUAGCCUUUUUGUCACCAAAUUAUUUCCCGGUGUCUAAACCGUUAUGGACUCCAUCAUUCACUAUGAUAUCCACCGGUUGGAGUAUUUUAAAAUAUUCUUUUUUGAAAAUGGGCAUAUCCUUUUUACCUAAAUAUGUUCAAAGUUUACUAUCCAUUGUUGGGAGACAAAACAUGGAGGUUUAUUUUAUGGGUGAGAUUUUGUUGUUAUUAUUAAAGUACAAGCAAAAUAAGAAAUCUAUUUGGGGUUAUUGUUAUCAAAAGUUGGGUAAUUAUCUACCAGAUUGGUGGGUUCAAUUUUUUUUAACUAGUAGUUUUAAUAUGACUCUAGUCUUGUUUGCUGUUUUUUGUAACAAAUAUCGCUUAAAGAUUAGAUUUUUUUAA